AUGUUUCACUACAAAACGUUGCUCAACCCGAGUGAGUUCAGCAGAUACGAGCAACAUGAGUACGGUUCGCUUGCCCUGUACGCGUCUCACAUGGUGAGCUCGAUACGCAUGAGGUUUUUCGGAGUCAGGAGGAAAAAGACGCGGAUGUCGGGGAAGCUGUUUGCCUCCGGGGCUCCGCCGAGGAAGGGUUUAGGGUUUAGGGGUUUAGGGACUCUUGAAGGAGCUGCCGCAGCGCCUCGGAGUGGCGGACCGGAACAGUUCAGCGCAGUCUCUGCGCGACGUCCGCCUCGAGGUCUGCUGUCGCUUCGUCGAGCUGCAGAGACCAAACGAGACGAAGCGGAGGCACAAGAAGGAGAGACGCGAGGUCCGCCGCCGCCGCAAAGUGCAGGACACGAGCCCAAAGCCGAUGAAGCGCGCAGCGACAUCGGAGAAGGCCGCGUCGCCCGCCUCUCGUUCUCCGGCGCGCGCGGCGGACUCUGCCAGAUCGGCGCCCCGGGGAAGGGGGGGGGGGGGGCGAGCUGCGCCUGCAAGGCUUCCCACCUGCGGCUGAGCUUCCUCGGGGCCUUUUCGGCGGCCUCGUGGCAAGGAAAGGCGCCGCAGUCGGUAGCCGAUCGCGAUCGGCUGUUCAGCCUCACGUUCUCUCUCGUGGUUUCUUUGCGGCAUACGGAAACGGCGUCUCCAAUCAUCAUUUUGUCGGCGAGGAUGCAGCAGGCACGGACGCCGUCGUGGCUCGGCGCAAGCUCCCAGCGGACAGGCGUCUCGCCGACAAUCACCUCGGGCGUCGGCGGAAGGAGCCGCUAA